AUGACCAUGGGUCUGUUCCGGUGGUUCCCCCUACGGAAAUUUCCGUUUAUAAAUACGUCUCUAAUGAUAUGUUCUGUUUACCUCAACUCUUACGGGGAUUACCAAGAAGUUAACGUGUUAAUUAAUGGCAACUCUUGGCUCGUGUGCUUUUCUUUAAAUCAAGAUAUUCAGAUAACUUCUAUACCGGUAUAUGUAGCAAAAACAUCCAAAAUGGAAGAAGUUUUAAAGAAAGACCGUAUCACUAUCACUGCACGAAUCCUGACAAGGAAUGAUGUCCUUACCAAACGACAAGCCGGCAGAGACAGCAUUGACAGGGGCAACAGAUACGAGGCUGGAAGCAGCUCGAGCAUUGGGCGCAUUAGAUUCUCAUCUAUAGACAGAGAAUGUGAUAAACGUCUACCGUGUACGAGGCCACAACCAGCUGAGAAUACGGUGAUACAUUUGUCAGGUAUGGACACUCCUGAUGACUCCUGCUGUGUUGUCAUGUAGCCUAAAAGAAUACAAUUAACGAAGUGACAAUUUAUUGAUAUUACUAAAACAAGGAAACAUACAUAAAUAUGUGUGCAAAUUAGAUUUUUUUUUUAAUGUUAAAAAUAUUUUCUAUUAUUUAUUUGAAAGAGAGAGAGAGACUUGAAUUUGAACUCAUUACUCAAGCCGACAUUCUAACCACUCUGCUAGUGAGGUGUGUAUGAAAAUAAAAGAUAUAAUAUAUAAAGGGGAAUAAUUCAGCUCAUAGCACCACCUCAGUCAAGUACAAUAUUUUCCCAUGUUCGAGAUACCAAACAAAAUAAUGAAUUACCAAUAGUUAACUAUUUUUUUUUAUUAAGUUAUUGAUGCUUGUGCUGUCAGAUAAAAGAAAUAGUGUGCAAAAUUUCAGAUUGAUCCGAGAUUGGGAGUCGGAGAAAUAACUUGUACAAACUUUUUAACAGACAUACAGAGUUGAUAUAAGCUUUGUAAAAAUUGCAAUCUGAACGGCAUAACUAACUGUUGUUGUUUUUUAAAUUGUUGACCUAUAUUUUCACUAUGUUUACUGUGUAACGCUUAAUCCUGAAAGUGGCUUCAUUUUUUAUUUUAUUUGACUGGUUGUAGGUCGUAUUGAUUACAACAAAAAUAUUAAUUUCAGUAUUGCCAUUUUAAACAUUUGCUUUGUUGUCUAGACUACUUGAAUACAAAGCAGUUGGUCGAUUAUCACAGUACAACUAACUCAUAACUGUCAAAUUGUUAUCAUUUAAUCGUGUUUAGCAUCUUGAAGGUCAAGUGACGUUGCGCGCAACUAAGGCUCCCCACUCCCGAUUCAAUGGGUCAGACGUCAUCUAUACAUGCUCGUCAAGUCACUCCUUCAUGUUGACUAACAUACAUUUCUUUUGAUUUUUCAUUUCUGCGUUAUCUCUCCACAGUAACUUAUAGAAAAGACUUGGUUGAGUCACCGAGACAUUAUGUUUGUUUACUUAGUUUAUUGUCGUCAUUUUCCUGUAUUAUCAUUUGCAAAUAUUUCAUACACUUAAUAAACUUUUUAAUUUUUUAAAUUACCUAAUAAGAUAUUGAGUCUUUUUUUUUUCUGUAUGAUAUAUAAAUUGUAUAUGUCUGGACUAUGACUAAUCGUUCACAGAAAAUUCAUUCAUCGACAAAUCGUUCACGGAAAUUCGUUCACCCGACAAAUAGUUCACCAGACAUCGUUUCAGCGACAACUGGUUCUCAGACAAUUGGCUUACGACAAAAUGGUUUACACGACAAAUGUCUCCCUGACAAAAAAUUCGAAAAAUUACCAAAGAAACUCGGCUUAGACUCAAUCUUGAGUCGCUCUAGCAAUGAAUUUUUAAAAAAAUAAUAGUAACAAAAGUUGUAAUGUAUAGUGUAACUGUCGUGCGCAUCUUGUUUGGUAUUUUCUUUUGAGCACCAUAAGGUUUUAUUAGUUCUGUUCCUAAGGAUGCGCUAUAUUGGUGUCAUUGUUCUCUUGUUGUGCCUUGAGAUGAGUCUCUUGGUGUGUCUCUUGGUGUUCCUUGAGAUUGAGUUAUCUGUGUGGUGUUCUUCCCCAGUAUUGGGUAAGUUAGUUUAUUUUACUAUCUUCUAAAUGUCGUAGAUCUAAAAUCGUUUCUCUUAUAAUCGUGAGAAUGGCGGUAUCAAAGGAGAGUGUAUUUUUCUUAUCUAGGGACGCAGGCUUGGGACUCUACUGGAGUCAAGUCUGAGUUGUAGGCGUGGUAGUUGACUAUUGCCCGUGGCGUUGGGUUGGCGUUGUGAGCCCUGAUCGAAUAUGGCACUGAGAUGAAGGUGUACUAUAGUUCCUUUGAAUGUAAUUUGCAAUUGAUUUGUAAAUGCUAUUGAUUCAUUCGUAAUGUAUGCCUUAUAAUAUCAUAUAUAUCAUUAACCCAUUAAACCUUUGUUGUUAUA